GCGGUGACACCUAGCCUCGGAGGCAGUGGGAGCUCCGAGCCCACGGAGAGCGGGGGAGUUCCGCUUCCUCCCGCCCCAGCGGCCCCCGCCGCGCCUGGGAGCAGCCGGCCGUCCCGGCUCCGAGGGUGCAGCGCGCCAGGGCGCAGCGAGAGUGCGCGGAGCUGGGGUCCAGCGCGACCCCGCCGCUCGGGUUGGGGUGUCCUCAGGCUCCGCGCUCCUCCUCCCCUCCUCCAGAUGGGACUGGCUCUCCUCUUUGCAAAGCCAAGCUCGCGGGGAGACGUGGUGAGCAGUAGCCAGCAGCUGGUGUGCCCCGGACGCUGCUGACCGCCGCGCGCCCGGACCGGGUGUCCACAUGAGUGCCUCUCCCAGCAGAUCCAGCAGCCAACAGAGCAGUCAGCAGAGCAGCCACGAUGAUGAUUCUAGCAGGUUCCUGAGUCCUCGAGCGCGGGAAGAAAGCACUGCCAGUAACUCCAACCGCAGCACUCCGGCCUGCUCGCCCAUCCUCCGGAAGCGGUCUCGCUCGCCAACCCCGCAGAACCAGGACGGAGACACCAUGGUGGAGAAGGGCUCAGAUCACUCCUCGGACAAGUCCCCGUCCACACCGGAGCAGGGCGUGCAGCGCAGCUGCUCCUCCCAGUCGGGCCGGAGCGGCGGCAAAAAUUCCAAGAAAAGCCAGAGUUGGUAUAAUGUGUUAAGCCCCACCUACAAGCAGAGAAAUGAAGACUUCAGAAAGCUCUUCAAGCAGCUUCCAGACACGGAGCGCCUCAUUGUUGAUUACUCAUGUGCACUCCAAAGAGACAUUCUCCUUCAGGGCCGACUCUACCUCUCUGAAAAUUGGAUCUGCUUCUACAGCAACAUCUUCCGCUGGGAAACUCUGCUGACAGUCCGUUUGAAAGACAUCUGUUCCAUGACUAAAGAAAAAACAGCUCGCCUCAUUCCCAAUGCCAUCCAAGUUUGCACUGAUUCAGAAAAGCACUUCUUCACUUCAUUUGGGGCCCGGGAUAGGACAUAUAUGAUGAUGUUCCGGCUCUGGCAAAAUGCUCUCCUUGAAAAGCCUCUGUGUCCCAAGGAGCUCUGGCACUUUGUUCACCAGUGCUAUGGGAACGAACUGGGCCUGACCAGCGAUGACGAGGACUACGUGCCCCCUGAUGACGACUUCAACACAAUGGGAUACUGUGAAGAGAUCCCUGUGGAAGAGAAUGAAGUGAAUGACAGCUCAUCCAAGAGCAGCAUAGAGACCAAGCCAGACGCCAGUCCACAGCUGCCCAAGAAAUCCAUCACCAACAGCACACUGACAUCCACAGGGAGCAGUGAGGCCCCUGUCUCGUUUGAUGGGCUGCCCCUGGAGGAGGAGGCGCUGGAGGGAGAUGGGUCCCUGGAGAAGGAGCUCGCCAUUGACAACAUCAUGGGAGAGAAGAUUGAGAUGAUCGCUCCUGUGAACUCCCCUUCACUGGACUUCAAUGACAAUGAGGACAUCCCCACUGAGCUCAGUGACUCUUCCGACACACACGAUGAAGGGGAGGUCCAGGCCUUCUAUGAGGACCUGAGUGGCCGGCAGUACGUGAAUGAAGUCUUCAACUUCAGCGUGGACAAGCUCUAUGACCUUCUCUUCACCAACUCACCCUUCCAGCGGGACUUCAUGGAGCAGCGGCGCUUCUCUGAUAUCAUCUUCCAUCCAUGGAAAAAGGAGGAGAACGGAAACCAGAGCCGAGUGAUUCUUUACACCAUCACCCUUACCAACCCUCUGGCUCCCAAAACUGCCACUGUCAGGGAGACACAGACCAUGUACAAGGCGAGCCAGGAGAGUGAAUGUUACGUGAUAGAUGCCGAAGUCCUCACCCACGACGUGCCCUACCAUGACUACUUCUACACAAUCAACCGCUACACGCUCACCCGCGUGGCUCGCAACAAGAGCCGACUCAGGGUCUCCACAGAGCUGCGCUAUCGAAAACAGCCCUGGGGGUUAGUGAAAACCUUCAUCGAGAAGAACUUCUGGAGUGGGCUGGAGGACUACUUCCGCCAUUUGGAGAGCGAGCUGGCCAAGACAGAGAGCACUUAUUUGGCUGAGAUGCACAGACAAUCUCCCAAAGAGAAGGCCAGCAAGACUACGACGGUGCGGAGGAGGAAGCGUCCCCAUGCCCACCUGCGAGUCCCUCACCUGGAAGAGGUGAUGAGCCCGGUCACCACGCCCACAGAUGAGGAUGUGGGCCACAGGAUCAAACAUGUGGCAGGUUCCACGCAGACGCGGCAUAUCCCCGAGGACACCCCCAAUGGUUUCCACCUGCAGAGCGUGUCCAAGCUGCUGCUGGUUAUCAGCUGUGUUCUGGUGCUGCUGGUCAUCCUUAACAUGAUGCUCUUCUACAAACUCUGGAUGCUGGAAUACACCACGCAGACCCUCACUGCUUGGCAGGGUCUAAGGCUCCAAGAAAGGUUACCCCAGUCUCAGACAGAAUGGGCCCAGCUCUUAGAGUCUCAACAAAAGUACCACGAUACUGAGCUCCAAAAAUGGAGGGAGAUCAUCAAAUCCUCAGUGAUGCUCCUUGACCAGAUGAAGGACUCGCUCAUCAACCUUCAGAACGGCAUCAGGUCCCGCGACUACACGUCGGAAAGUGAAGAAAAGAGGAAUCGCUAUCAUUGACAAGGCAGGAACAGGGUGGCUGCAAGAGGCCUGUGCAAUACAUGUACAUAGACCAUAUAAAUAUAUAUAUAUAUAUAUAUAUAUAUAUAUAUAUACAGAAUAUAAAUAUAUAUAUUAUAUACAGAUUUUAAAAAAGAGAUAAUGCCUAUGUACCAGGGAGAAGGAGCGGGCCCUCCCGCUCCCUGUGCUGGCCGGAGCAGCGUUUUCCUGGGGUGGAGCAGCUGAGGAGGGCAGGAACCGCCUCUCAGCACCGACCGCCCCGAUCUCCCUCCUCCCACCUUCUGUUCCCCACCCCUUCCCUUGCUGGCCAUUCUUGGCUCUUAGAAGGGAAAUGUUGAGCCAAAGUUAUGCCUGUGAAGACCCUAGGGUCUCAAAAAGAAGUCUCAAGACGGCAUUGCUUAAGGUGCUUCGUUCCCUGAUCCCCUUUUGAUUUGUUUCCAAAAUAAAAGCGAAUCUUUUCUUCCCUACCCCAGGCUUCCCCAGGCAUUCUCUUGGGAACACAGACACAUCAAGGGAGCCCAGUCUAAACUCCUAGGGUUGGCCGCCCACUUGAUCCGGACCAUACUGAGCAUCAGAUGGAGAGGAUGCUUGGAAAGCUAGGAAGGCUGCAAUGUGGGGUGGCAGGCUCCCAAGACUCGUGUUCUGAAAGAUACUCUCCUCCAUCACCCCUGCACCUUCCUCCGACCUGUGUAGGGUGUGGACCCAGUAAGGGCUGGGAAUUUCUUACUUUCCCACCCACUUUCUCUCUGGUCUUCUCCCAGGCUGGAUCUGGGCGAAGUGUCACUUUUUAGUGCCUAAAGUCCUAUUGUUUUCUGUGCCCUAAGAGCACAUUGUUUAUUAGCCAGGGUGGAGCAUUUUCGACCUUAUUAAACCUCUUUUAGUGCUUCUAAGCAAGUCAGGUCUGUGGCUCUGAGGCCUUCCCUUGGAGCUGUCAGUGUGAUUUCCAGGAUAAGUCAGGGUGUGCUGGGCCCUCCAGGAUUUGAGAGAGGAAGAGAAGGCCCUCGCCACGUCUGGGGUGCAGGGUUUACCCACAGAACACUGUGAGUGGUGAGCACCAAGAUGGGUUGCCAGCGUCAUUUGCUCUUGGAAUGAACCAGCAUUAGCCAAUGGAGACAACUGUCUGAGAUAGCUUGCACAUGGAAAAAGCAUCUAAGCCAUUGGAGGGAAGGAACUGGCAAAGGUGCAUGUGUUUGGGCAGGAAAAGGCCAAGUGAAAUCUAUGCCCCAAGGGAGUCGUUCCAAAUCCUGAGCUUCUCAGACUUGGGAAUGGGGGUUCUGGCAGGGGAUGGAGUACAAAUCCUGCUCUGGUCUCUGGCCCCACAGAGGUGUAAGAUCAUUAAGGAGUAGAAGGCUGGCUUCAAAGAGUGAGACGUUCAGGGCCUUUUCAGCAUUGGCCCACUAGCACCAUGCAUUUAUCUGAAUUCACGGGGCCCUCUGGGCACAUUCUUCAUCCCUCAUACACUAACUACUAUUUCUUCAUAUAAUGAUCAAAAGAGUCCCACCAGCUCCAGGCAGAGCUUGUGGAGAUUCAUGAAAGAAUCACAGCCAGUUUGGCAUGCAGAGCUCUUCAGUCUUGCUUGUUCUUCUCCUGGGCUUCUUGAUGCAGGGGCAGAAGGAACUCCAGAUGUCCCAGAUGUCCCAGAACAUCAGCCCAAAAGACAGAAGAUUUUGUCACUCAUCUACGCCACAAAGUUGUAUCUUUCUCUUAGAAUGGCCUUUAAUUCCCUGUGGCAAUUACAGUUUUUGACUUUUCCAUGUGAAGAUAAGGCCUUGGUAUUUCCCCAAGGGCAGGAUCAGAAAACAGGAAGGUCCAUGCCCAGGUCAUCCUCCAAGGGAGGAGGGUGAGGAGGCUCCAAGUCAUCAGCUAGAGCAGGUAUUCCUCCUCUAGAAGAGGAGAUGGGAGGAAAUGCAGUUUCAUGUAAUCCCUGUGAAGAGUGCCUACACGCACAGCCCAGUGUGUCCUUGUUCACUUCUUGUCUAGGACUUUGGGUAAGGGACACUGGUAGGGAUCAAGGCUCAUGGGCUCUGAGCCAAAGAAGGAGGCAUGGUGCAGACUGCUGGAAAUCUCCCCCUUGGCACAGUCAGAAGCGAAAACUAUUCCCAGAAAGUUUUGAUUGCAAAAAUUGGAGAUUCCUGAAUUUAUUCCAUAAAUAAUUAUUUACUUAAGUUAUUUAAUUAUGAAAGGUGCCAUGGUGGAACCUGUGGGAUGACUUUAAAAGGGUUCUUUGUUUGGAGUCAAGUGACAGAGCAGACCUGGCCACAGGGAGUUGUUCUGCUUCUGCUUUACCUCUCAGGACCAUUCCCAGGAGGAGAAGGUGGCAGGGAGGGCAGUACUGAGUAUAUCAGAAGAACCCUUCUCCUGGUUUUUUAGUGAUUUGAACCCAGUAGACAAUGUGUGCACAUAGGGAAUGCCCUUUAAGAAUUGUGGGUCUCUUGUAGGCUCUCUCUGUACCAAUAAUUUUUUGACUAUCAUACCAGGAGAAAACCAACAACUCUAUUCAUUCCCAAACAAAAUCUCUUCCCCCUUGGUUAAUAGCUUGUGAAAGAGAUCUUAACUCACCCUUGCAGAUAAGUCUGGGAGUGAAACAAAUAAAUAGCAUUGUAUUCCUGGCCAUUAGCCUGGCUAGUUGCUGUCUACAAGGGAGCAUCAAAAAAUCACUACAUCACUACUUAUGUAACUUCUUCCAGCCAGUGCUUUUGUGUUUGUUUUUGUUUACUAGGGACACACAGGAGUCUUUCUGUAAUGACUCAUGUGGUACAAUGUUUGAGAGUUUGCACUCACUUUUAAAGAAUUUGCAGUUUCUAAUGAGGUGAAGAACUACUAUAGGAUCUAAGGUUCCAUUACAGCUUACCAUGAAAGAAUUGACAAGACUGGCCUCAGACAAGCUAAUCAUGGGUGCGACUCUCUCCCUUCCCCAUCCACCUCUUUGGGAACAAGAGGAUUACAUCUCAGGCCAGCAAGAUCAGCUGCUUGAAGCUCUGUAUAAGAGCACUGCACUGAUGGUUUGGAGACCUGGGCCUGGGUCCUGACUUUUCCACUGACUAAGCUCUGUGGCCUUGGGCAAGUCAUUCCCGUCUCUGAGCUUCAGUAUCCUCCUGUCACAGGAGGGAGUGGGGCUAGAUCAUCUUUAAGGUAGGUUCUAGCUUUGACAUCAUCUUGGGGGUUAGGCCAGAGGCUGAGAAGACUGGGUGGAAUUUCUCAGUUACUCUGCCAGGAGGGAACAAGCCCAGAGGCUGAAACUUCCCAGUAUUUAGAGGCGUGGUAGGGCAGUGUCUGCGUUCCCAGGAGACCCAGGGUGGUUAAAAUAUAUUCUUUAGGUGGCUAGGAAGGCGGGGAGGCCCAGUAGGAGAGAGAGAGAAAGAGAGAGAGAGAUCGAGCUUGAUGUAUUGCUCAGUAUUCACCUAGAAGAGUUUCUUCCUUCUUUGGCCUAGUUUGUGGAGGGAUCUUCCUUUGGACUUUCUCUAAGUUGGGAGAAGAACAUUCUUUUCAAUGGAGCUCAUCUUCUAUCUCUAGGCUCUGUGAAGCCUUUCAUCUGUCCGUCCUUCCUCCUUACUGGUAGAAGAAACAGUGGAGAGAAACCACUUCUGGUCCUAGCACUUCUCUUUGGUCUAGAUAGGGUUUGGAUUUAGUAUGAAGCUUUGGCUAAAACCCUUGGGUUUGCCUUAGAGCACUGACACUAAGAACCUAGACUGACAUGGGGAGGACCAAGAGAGCUCAAGAGGAGUGCUUUGUGAGAAGUGGAUUCUCUCCGUGUCUGUGCCCCCCACCCAAACUUGAACUAUACCUACUACAUUUCCAGGCAGCAUCCCUAGGAUGAGGUCCUGGAGAAGGGACUAGGGGAAGUAUCUUUCUGGAUGCUUGUGGUCCCAGAAGGGUACUUUCUGUGCCAUACCAUGCCGCUUCUUUAAGCUCUGCAGGGCAGCCAAAGCCAGCCCUUUUCUCCUACUGCCCUCAGGAGAAAUAGCACUCUUCUCCCUCCCCCAGAUGGCAGGGCUCUGGUCUCCCUACACCUCAUACCCUGCCUGCCUCCUCCAGGAGGAAACUCCGGGGCCCCUUCCUGACUCUCCCCACCCUCACCACUUGUCUCUAGGCUAUGGGACAAUCAUCCCAUUCACCACUUCACAUCCUUGACUUUCAUUCCCCCAACCUCCAGCAGGUUGGCCCCAAUCCCCUUCACCUCUGUGUUUUCUUCCAGAAGAUGCAUUUUGGGUCUGAGGAGCGCUUUCCUGGAAGGCCAUCUUUUAAGACCCCUGCUUGCUGUCAUAGUGCAGAGCAGGAAUUUGCACACUGUUUAGAGAGCUCCCUUCCCACCGCUCUGCCCAGCCUUGUUACCUCACUUCUGCUCUGGCCAUGGUUGUGAAGGGCCCAGCCAGCUCCCUGUUUUGAUGUUCUGUGCAACAGCUCCGGGGUCUUGUGACUGGAGAUCCUCAGCAGGCCCUGGAGCCCGGACUGGAGUCUUGGCAGCUGAUGAGCAGCACCUUGCCGGCCAGGAGGAGCUGAUGCUGGACGAUCGCCCCAACAUUCGAAGGCUUAAAGAACAUUGUCAUUCUUCAGCCCUCCUUGCUUCUCUCAAUACAAUAAGACAUUGCAGAAGCAAAAGGGUGGCCUCUGCUCCAGGCAAGGCAGCUGAUUGUCUGGGGCAUUGGCCUGGGGCUUGGGUGCCACAUGCUGAGACUGCAUAGUCAAAACAGCCAUUUUUGCCAACAGUAGCUUGUGGCUCCCCACAUUUUCCUACCCUGCACUCAAGGGCCAGACCACUCUCUGCAUGGACCAGACCAUCUUCCCAAACCCAUGGUGCUUUUUCCCCAACUCAACCUAGACUCCAAGGUGGGGAGGGAUGGGUCAGAGGCCAUAGCGGCCCCUGGAUAAUCCUGACAUGAGGUGGAGUGGGGUGAGGCAGAGGGAGCAGCCCCAACACCUGCACUGGGCCAUCUGUGGGAAAGAACACGGGUCAAGUGCAGUCGAGUUGUCUGGCUGGCUGUAUUUGGAUCUGUAACUGUACUUUGCCUGGCGCUGUGCGCAAGGUUGGAGCACUUACUGCUAGUACCUAGAAACACACAAGGCUGCCCAGCCAAAUCUUAAUGUAAAGUAGCUAGAGCCAUGGAAGUACAGUAUGAAUUAAAAAGAAAAAAGUAUUGAACUACAAUAA